GAAAGGCCGGUACCGGGGCUGCUGAAAAGCCGGCACCGGGGCUGCCGAAGGGCUGAGCUCCGCCAGCACCAGAGCUACUGAACCCCGGCACCGGAGCUGCUUAAGGGCCAGAACCGGAGCUGCUGAAGCACCCGCACCGGGGCUGCUGGAAGGUCGGCAGCGCGCACCGCCGGCCCCGGAGCUGCGGAAAGGCCGGUACCGGAGCUGCUGAAACACCGACACCGCCGGAACCGGAGCUGCUGAAACACCGAGCACAGCCGGUACCGGAGCUGCUGAAACAUCGACACCGCCGGAACCGGAGCUGCUGAAACACCGAGCACAGCCGGUACCGGAGCUGCUGAAACAUCGACACCGCCGGUACCGGAGCUGCGCCGGCCCCGCUCCGCUCCCGCAUGAAUCCGCUGGCCCUCGGCACAGCCUGAGCGCAGGAUGAACUGAAGGAUGCUGUGCAGGGCAGGAGCCUGAGCCUGCAGGAUGCCAGCGUGUGCCCCCCAGCCCUGCAGCGUGGCCAGGUAAAAUCAGACUAUGACCAUCUUCGGGAAACCCUUCUCAGAGUGACCAAAGAACGAGAUUUGGCUGCAAGGGGAAAACACCAGCUCCAAGCCAAGCUGGAGAACUUAGAGCAGGUCCUAAAGCACAUGCGAGAGGCUGCGGAACGGCGGCAACAGCUGGAGUUGGAGCAUGAGCAAGCCUUGGCUGUCCUCAACGCCAAACAGCAGGAGAUCGAGCUGCUGCAGAAGGCUCAGGUUGAAGCUAAGAAGGAACAUGAAGGAGCAGUUCAGUUGCUAGAGAACACCUUGGACAGCAUGCAGGCCAAGGUGCGGGAGCUGGAGGAGAAAUGCCGGACGCAGAGCGAGCAGUUUAACCUGCUGUCGCGGGAGCUGGAGCGGUUCCGGCAGCAGGCGGGCAAGAUCGACCUCCUGAGCAGCCACCCCCUGGCACCCCCGGGCCUGCCCACGGCCCCUGGCAAGUCCCUGGCCCAGCUCAUGAAUGGAAUUGCCACUUCCAUAGGCAAAGGUCAUGAGAGCCCUUCUGGAAGUCGCUGUGUGAUUUCAGAGUUUAUCCGACCCCUUCAGAUAUCUGGAGACAAACCAGAACAACUGUCUGUCAAACCUACAUUCCUGUCCAAGUCAAGAUCUGGUACCCCAAGAUGCAGAUUUGAUUCAGACAUGGAUAAUGAUCAGAAUUCCAAUACCUCAAAGCAGAGAUAUUCUGGGAAAGUCCACCUUUGCAUUGCCCGUUACAGCUACAACCCCUUUGAUGGACCAAAUGAGAACCCAGAGGCGGAGCUCCCUCUCACGGCAGGAAAGUACCUCUAUGUCUACGGAGACAUGGACGAGGACGGCUUCUAUGAAGGAGAACUCCUGGAUGGACAAAGAGGACUCGUCCCUUCGAACUUUGUGGAUUUCGUUCAGGACAACGAGACGCGGUUGUCGAGCGCGCUGAGCAGCGAGCAGGACCAGAACUUCAUCAACCGCUCGGGGCCCCCUCUGGAGGGAGAGCUGCUGGAGAUCAGCCCCCCGAGCCACACGGAGCCCGGCGUGGUCAGCAACGGCGCGGGGACCCUGGACGUGAACAUUGAUGAGAUCGGAGAAGACAUUGUGCCUUAUCCCAGAAAAAUCACCCUUAUUAAACAGCUAGCCAAAAGUGUCAUUGUGGGCUGGGAGCCCCCGGUGGUGCCGCCCGGCUGGGGAACCGUCAGCAGCUACAACGUCCUGGUGGACAAGGAGAUCAGGAUGAACAUAGCCCUGGGCAGCAGGACGAAAGCGCUCAUCGAGAAGCUCAACACCUCCACCUGCACGUACCGGAUAUCCAUCCAGAGCAUCACCAGCAAGGGCAACUCCGACGAGCUGCAGUGCACCUUGCUGGUGGGCAAGGACGUCAUCGUGGCCCCCUCCAACCUCCGCGUGGACAACAUAACCCAGAUCUCUGCCGAGCUCUCCUGGCUCCCUACAAACAGUAAUUACAGUCACGUCAUCUUCCUCAACGAGGAGGAGUUCGACAUCGUCAAGGCUGCUAGCUACAAGUACCAUUUUUUUAAUUUGAAGCCCAAUAUGGCCUACAAGGUGAAGGUCAUGGCAAAGCCCCACCAGAUGCCCUGGCAGCUUCCCUUGGAACAGCGAGAAAAAAAGGAAGCCUUUGUGGAAUUUUCUACAUUGCCAGCAGGUCCUCCAGCUCCACCUCAGGACAUUGCUGUGCGGGCAGGGCCCACGCCAGGGACCAUCCAGGUGUGCUGGAAGCCACCGGCCCUGUCAGCCACGGGGACAUCGCACGGUGCCAGCGUGACAGGUUACGGUGUCUAUGCCAAAGGGCAGCGGGUGGCAGAGGUGAUGUUCCCAGCAGCAGAGGGCACGGCGCUGGAGCUGCCGCGGCUGCGGAGCCUGGACGCGCGGGAGGUGACGGUCCGGACGCUCUCUGCGCAAGGGGAGUCCGUGGACUCUUCUGUUGCUGCCAUUCCAUCUGACCUCCUGGUGCCUCCAACCCCUCACCCCAGAACUGCUCCCAAAUCUAAGCCAUUAGCAAGUGCCGGAGCCCCAGAAACCAAAGAAGAACAUUUAGGCCCACACCUAAAGAGGGAUGAGUCGUGGGAGCAGACUCGCUCGGUGUCCCCUGCCCACGGACACAUGCUGGAGCCACCCAGUUUCCACGGCCCGCUCCAGGGGAGGAGAUCUCCGUCCCCCAACAGAAUCCUCCCCCAGCCUCAAGGCACUCCAGUCCCCAACACCGUCGCAAAAGCCAUGGCAAGAGAAGCUGCACAACGAGUGGCAGAGAGCAGCAGGAUGGAGAGGAGGAGCAUCUUCAGCGAGAGGAGCAGCGCCGCCCCGUACUCCGAUGAGGAGGAGGAUGGUUACGACUCCCCCAAGGUCAAGCGCAGGGGAGCGUCCGUCGAUGAUUUCCUGAAAGGGUCAGAACUUGGGAAGCAAGCUCACUACUGCCACGGGGACGAGUACCACACGGAGAGCAGCCGGGGCUCGGACCUGUCGGACAUCCUGGAGGAGGAUGAGGAGGAGCUCUACUCCGAGAUGCAGCUGGAGGAGGGCGGCCGGCGGCGCCUCAGCCUCACCUCGCACGGCACGCUCAAGCUUUUAGGGAACCCAGCCUCUGCGGGACGGCCGGACAGGGUGGAGCACGCAGGGCGGAGGUCCUCGCACGGCAGCGCGGUGCCGCAAAGGUCUCGGCCCAUCUUGGUCCCUUCCAUGGAUGGCUACGGUGGUCAUGACCAUCUUUCCCCAGACAUUUAUGAGGAAUCUGAAACAGAUCCUGGCACGGAGGAUCUUUGCACUCGAAUAUUUGUUGCACUUUUUGACUACGACCCUCUGACCAUGUCCCCGAACCCCGAUGCCGCAGAGGAGGAGCUGCCUUUUAAGGAAGGACAGAUCAUCAAGGUUUAUGGGGACAAAGACGCUGAUGGAUUUUACCGUGGAGAAACCUGUGCAAGAAUUGGCCUUAUCCCGUGUAACAUGGUCUCUGAGAUACAAGCAGACGACGAGGAGAUGAUGGAUCAGCUUCUGAAGCAAGGUUUCCUUCCUUUGAACACUCCAAUUGAGAAAAUCGAGCGCGGCCGGCGCGGCCGGCAGCAGCCGCUGACCACCAGGAGGAUGGUGGCUCUCUACGACUACGACCCCAGGGAGAGCUCCCCCAACGUGGAUGUGGAGGCCGAGCUGACCUUCUGCACUGGGGACAUCAUCACUGUCUUUGGUGAGAUCGAUGAAGAUGGAUUUUACUACGGUGAACUCAACGGGCAGAAGGGGCUGGUUCCUUCCAACUUCCUUGAAGAAGUGCCUGAUGAUGUUGAAGUCUUUCUCUCCGACGCACCCUUGCGCUACGUCCAUGACACACCCAUGAGAUCGAAGGCAAAAAGGGUUCCUCCUGAGAAUACAGGUACACCCCGGAGAGCACCAUCCCCCACAGCUCAUCUCCAUCCCGGGUCACCUCCGUCACCUGUGAUGGGCUCUGGUAGUCCCGGGAGAGGCAGGGAAAUGUCCUCGAAAAAGAAAAAGGGGCUGCUUUCCAAAGGCAAGAAACUGCUGAAAAAGCUUGGUGCAGUGAAAUGAGUCAUGUGCUCCUGGACAACUUGUAAAGCUUCCAGUCUGUGUACUUCUUUUUUUUUUUUUUUUUAAAUCAAAACUAGGGCUUUCAUGACUAUGCAGUACUUUACCAGACCUUUGCAUUUUUAACACUGACAUCAAUAGAAUCAUGUGAAUUGCUUAAUCAAAACAGCAAGAAAAAAAAAGGGAAGUGCAUUUGUUGUUGAAAAAAACAUUUUUUAAAAAGUAAAAAAACAAACAACAACAAACAAAAAGUUGUGGGAUUAAGGCCAGAAGAACAUGGUUUUAUUGGAAGUCAACUCAACACCUGCAACUCCAUUGGAAAAAUCUCAGCCUUUAACCACGAGUGGGGGGAGAAAACUCUCUUCACUGAUUGCUAGUUCAGAGAGAUCACCCCCUGUACCCAGUCAUUAGCAUUAACAAAAAUGGUCUUGAAACUCCUAGUUGAAUCAGCCUUGAUGUUUUGCCUUAUUAAUGCACAAUGAUUUGUACUGUCUAAUAAAUAUGCAGCGUAUCCGGUGUAUGUAGUGUGGAUUCAGCUGUCUCCAUCCUCCCUCCACCCCGUGAUUUCAGGUCAAUACUGUUACUGACCCCAUCCCAUGUCUGAUGAGCUCCUGGGAGUGUGGAAGUGCUGUGCUAAACGCUUGGGUUUUAGUUUUUGCUUCCCCCGUAAAUCCAAACCCUUGUACUGAUUUGUCAUUCUCACUCCACUGGGAUCAGGCAGUGUAAGUUACUCAGAAGCUCACCCUGUUUCAACCAUCCACCCUCCAGUUUUGGGGCUCCUGGUUCACUGUUCUGAGCUACUGGGGAAAAAAAAAAAACCCAAACUCCACACCAAAAGCCCUUUCUUUUCUCCCCCAGUUACUUAUUUUGCUGUGGAGGUUCAGUCCUAGGUGAAAAGGCAUUUUCAGACUGCUGCUGUCAGAUUCAGGCUGCAGUGUGAAGUGCAAGGACAAACUGUGCCAGCCACAGCCCGUAAGGAGGCUGCGCCAGGCUCGACUCAAAUCACACCUGCAAUAUUGGCAUAUCACGAAAAACAACCCCACACACUGAUGGCAGUCAUUGGCUGUUACUAUUUUGUAAUUCUUGUCCAUUUGUAAAUUGUUUUUACUGUUUAUACAUACUUUUCAGACUGCCUUUCUUUUUGUAAUUUACGGAAGGUUUAUAAACGAAUGAUCAAAGCUUCCCCAUUGUGUCUUCAGAUAACGAUGUAAAUUACUGUAAAAUACCGUGUGCUAGAUUAUAACAUUUAAUUGAAGAAAAUAACUGGCCUACAUUUGUGGUAAAGUACUGUGUGGGUGUGUGCAUGUGUACAA